CACAGGAUAAAUCAGCAGCCUAUGCAAUGGGCAAAUGCAUUCUAGGCUAGCAGCCAGGCCCCUCGGAGUUCAUAAUUCCGCAUCGCCGCCGAAAAGUCGAUCGAGGUGCGGAACGGCAGAAGGUGCGGAAAGUUGUGCAGGGACAACUUGACGGGCAAUUUGGGCCUGGGCUUCUCCUUUGAGCCCUCAAUGCUUGGCUAGUUUCAGCAACAUUUUGUUCUUACUGGUGCUUGAUUUAUCGCGCACCACCCAUCCCAAAUAUACAGCAUGUACUCGGGUAGUAUCUCCGGGGCCUGGCUGACGAAUGUCAGGCGGAUAAUGGCUAACGCGCCGAGCUGGUUGGCCCAGGUGGAUAUCCUGCGACCACUCAGCCAGCCUCACACAACGCACUCACUUAAUCUUGGCGCUUGGGGCGAGCACUGGAUCAGCGCUUCUGAGGCGAGUCAUCCGCGUCCGAAAGAGGGCCCCACGUGGGAUGUGGCCGUGCGGACGGAAAACCGGAUCAGCAACGGACAACGGCGGAAUCUGGCCGACAAGUUAUAUUGGGUAGGGCUCUCUUGCAGCUUCGGGCGAAGAUUGCAUGGGCUGUUUUCAUCGAAAGUGCAGCUAUACGACGCCCCUGCGGUGAUUGGUAGAAGCGACAGCAGAAGACGUACAGAUACCACACCCGGCCUCGGUGGCUUGACGGUCCGCUGUCGCGUAAACACAUCCUCCCAGUGAGCGCUUAAACGCUGUCAACGAUGUGCUGAGCAUAUCUGUUUGCAUGACUUUGCUGACGUGAGACACUGCCACACACAUGUGAGCCACGUUAGAUAGGGUUAUUUUCUGUGAAGGAUCGGCAUCCUCAUGUGGCGGAACACCAAAAGACAUCGCGCAGCUGAAACACCGCCAUUGUAGGCG